CAGAGGAGGAUCUUCAGGAUUCGAGGAGCAGAGGAACACAAACACCAGUUGGUCUCUCCUGCAGUCUCUAGCGCUCAUUUAACAUUCACACGCUUUUAUUUCGUGUUCGGAGAGGGAAAAAAAGCGCAACUUUUGCUUUGUUUGGAGAAGAAAGAGACAAGAAAACAGCUCCCCAGCCGCAGGCGCGAAGUCCAGAUGUUUCAUGUUAGAGAGUCGCUGUCAGACACGAAGAGCAAGAGGUUCACACAGUCCUUCUGCUGCUGAGAUCUGCUGACACAAAUAUUUACUUUUUAUUGCAUUUUAAUAUUUAUUAUUAUUUUAUUUUUUGCGAUAGAGUUGGUUUGUUUUUUCUCUGAAUGAUGAAAAGAGUAUUUCUUUAGGAUUUUCCCGAAAGCUUUGAGGAAGAACUGAACCAGAGAUCAAAGAAUGGAGCAUCGGCUUUUAAUUGGAAAGCUUGUCUUGUUGAGUUUCUUUGUGUUCUGGAAUGUUUGUGCAUUUGUUCACACUCAUCAGGACGCGAGACUUCAGCACAGCGGUGAGAACGUAAUCAACCUCUUGGAGGCUCUUAAAGUCACUCGGUCUCGUCGAGGGGUUUCCAGCGUCAAAGGUCGUGACCCAGAAACACCAGCCUGGCGGUUCCGGUCCAGCGCGUCUCAUCUCACACUUCCACAGGAUAUAUCGCAGCACCUCCUAUCCACCUCACAGGGUGUGCUGGGUUUGCACCUGGUGGGCCGCCAGGCCAAGGCUUUGGAGGCCACCCUGAUCUCCUUCACCUCUCCAUCUGACCCGCAACAGGACCGACGCCCCCUGCUGGAGCUCACCUCUAACACCCGUGCCGACUGGCUGCAGCUGGAGUUCAGGCCAGCGAAAGGCCUACGACCACAGGUGGUGAAGUUUCCAGGUGGAAGUCCGUUCACAGGUGGUGGUUGGGUGAGAAUGGCUCUGAGUGUGGAACCCAGGCAGGUGCUGCUGUUUGUGGAAUGCCAGGAGGCCGUGGUGCUCAAGCUGAAAGAAGGAGGUUCAAUUCUUACUCUGGAUUUCCCACGUGAUCUGCAGGUUACGUUCUCCAGUACUGCAGGAAAUAAAGACAGCAAGUUCAUUGGUCUUUGGCAGACUGCUGAACUCUCCACAAGGGCAUUUGAGAGGCGUCCAUGGUUCUGUGAUAAUGUAACAGACUCCUUCCCUCACCCGGUUCUAAUACAAGAUCCUGUCCAGCCCACCGGUCCGCCUCUGUCAGCCAUCUCUGACCUGGAUGUGAUGCAGGACCAGGGAGAAGAUUAUGGAGGUGGAGCAGAAUUAAGCCUCCCCGGGAAUCCCACUGACUUACAUAUUGGCCAACUGGAGAACAAACUGCAUAGCAUCAACACCAUGCUGGACAUGCUCAAGAAACAGAACGCUCACCUGCAGGCACGAGUCGAGAACUUGGAAACAUGCGAGUGUGUGAGGCGGGAGUGUGUUUGGGAAGGCCGUCAGAUGGAGGAGGGCUCUCGUUGGUCGCCUGACAGUCGCACCGUGUGUUCAUGCACCAAUGGGAAGGUUCAGUGUGUCCGCUCAAGUGAAUGCAGCUUUCAUGGCAAUAUCUAUAGCAAUGGUGAUGUGUUCAGUCCAGACGACUGCUCUAAGUGCACAUGUGAGAGUGGAAGAGUGGAGUGUGAUGUGAUUUCAUGCCCAUCACUGUCUUGUUUGCAAACGACUGUUCCUCUGGGAUCCUGCUGUCCUGUCUGCCAAACAAGAUGUGAUCAUGAGGGGGAUAUCUAUGAGAAUGGUGAUGUGUUUGUGUCUAGAUCGAACCCCUGCCUCAGCUGUUCCUGUUCUAACAGUCGGGUGUCGUGUAACCCCAUUCAGUGUCCACCAGUCUUGUGCCCCAAUCCUUACAGGAGACCUGGGGAGUGCUGCCCGACCUGCUCUGCAUGUGACGUGGAUGGCCAGCCGUACAACGGCUCUUUCAGCACACUCGAUGGCUGCCAGACCUGCACAUGUCAGGGUGGGACUCAAGCAUGUGUUGACGUGCAUCAGUGUCCCCAGACGUGUCAUGACGGCGUGAAGCUGCCAUUUGGCUCCUGCUGCAAAGAUUGUUCCCGUUGUAACUAUGAGGGGCAAGUUGUCCUAGACGGCGUCUCUUUCCAAGUCUCCCGUGACCCGUGCAAACACUGUGUGUGCAACGGUGGGAAUGUAGCAUGCAGCACUGAGACCUGUCCUGCUCUUGCCUGUAAUUUGGUGGAGACUGUUGGUGGACAGUGCUGCCCCCGGUGUCGAAGUUGUUUCGAAGACAACGUGUGGCACUUGCAUGGCUCUCAGUGGAAACACCCUAAUGAAGCCUGCAUGACCUGUACAUGCUCCGAGGGCCAAGUUCGCUGUGACAGUGAAUGGUGUGAUGUCCGCUGUAGUAACCCGGCCUCUCCUCGUCCUGGAUCCUGCUGCCCUGUCUGUGACGGUUGUAGUGUGAAUGGAGUAGACAUCCCAAACGGGCAAAGACUGCCGCCAGGACCCCAGUGUGAGGGUGACUGUGUAUGUGAGAAUGGGAAUAUUGGAUGCACACCGCAUCCUUGCCCACCGACCCCCUGUCAAUAUCCAAUCAGGAGACCAGGAGAGUGUUGUGCACGAUGUGAGGAGUGCAUAUAUGAGGGAGAGCAGUACGUUGACGGGCAAACCUUUGUAUCAAGACAGGAUCCGUGCUUGAGAUGUCGCUGCUUGGGUGGGCAAGUGUCAUGUGACCCCACAGAAUCCUCAUGUCAGGCUGUUUACUGUACACACCCGGCGAAACCACGUGGCCAGUGCUGCCCUUCCUGUGACAUGUGUGAAUAUGAAGGAAGGAUUUAUGAAAAUGGGAAGGAGUUCAGGCCACCUGGUGGAGGUCCCUGUCUUCAAUGUAUAUGCAAGCGGGGUAACGUGAGAUGUCAUCAGGAGAGAUGCCCAACCUUGAGUUGUGCAAACCCCAUUCCCCCUCAACCUAAUUCCUGCUGUCCAGUAUGCAGUGGAUGUGUGUGGAAUGGUGUUGUGUAUGUGGAAGGAGACACAUGGACUGAUGCUGACCAAAGCUGCUCUUGUGAAGGUGGUCAGGUGGCGUGCGGUUAUAGCUGUGCACCAGCUCCUUCACCACCCUGUGUAGAACCAACCAGAACACCAGAUGGUCAGGAGAUAUGCAGUGACAACUUGACACCAGCUCCUCGUCCACCCUAUGCAGAUCCAACCAGAAUACCAGGAUGUGUGUGGAACGGUGUUGUGUAUGUGGAAGGAGACACAUGGACUGAUGCUGGCCAAAGCUGCUCUUGUGUAGGUGGUCAGGUGGCGUGCGGUUAUAGCUGUGCACCAGCUCCUUCACCACCCUGUGCAGAACCAACCAGAACACCAGAUGGUCAGGAGAUAUGCAGUGACAACUUGACACCAGCUCCUCGUCCACCCUGUGCAGACCCAACCAGAAUACCAGGUAAGCACUGCUUACCUUGCUUAUAUGGACGGCACGACCCUGCUGUAUACAUAGAAAUAGAUGGUGACUGCUGUGACUCUUGCGGUCAGUGCCAGUAUAAACAGCAUAUCUAUGAAAACGGCCAGACCUUCACUGAUCCGGACGACCCCUGUAUGAAAUGCACCUGUCAGGAUGGCAAUGCAAUAUGUGGCACACCUGGUUGUAAAGCAGUUUCCUGUUCUAACCCGUACACUCCCCCUGGAGAGUGCUGCCCACGCUGCCCAGACUGUGAAUAUGACAACCGCAUCAUUACCAAUGGCGCAACAUUUAUGAACCCUGUGAAUCCAUGUGAGGAUUGUGUUUGCACUGAUGGACAUGUGAACUGUGGAAGUCAUGAGUGCCCAAGACCAAACUGCAAUUAUCCUCGGCCGGGGACAUGCUGUCAGAUCAACUGCAAUGGAUGUAGAUAUGCAGGUAAUGAUUAUCCAAACGGAAUGGAAUUUCCUCAUCCAACGGACAAAUGCAGGACUUGCCAUUGCACCAACGGUAAUGUCCAAUGUUUGAUGAAGCGGUGUCCAGCAGUACAUUGUACUGACGCUUAUGUUCAGCCAGGAGAGUGCUGCCCGCAGUGUCCAGAACCCCCUGCUGAUUGCGUGGUUGAAGUGCAGUUUUACAGGCACAGACAGCAGUUCUACCAUCCCACCGACAGCUGUCAAUCAUGCUCCUGCUCCAAUGGGACGGUGAACUGCCGGCACAGGCCCUGCCCCUCUGCUGUCUGCUCACAUCCCAUAAUUCAAGAGUGCUGCCGCACAUGCGAUGGCUGUCUUUAUGUCGGGAGGGAAUACGCUAAUGGCGCCACAUUUGAGGACACGUCAGACUCAUGCCAGACGUGUUUUUGUCGUGAUGGUACAGUCAGAUGUGAGAAGAAGUACUGUCAGCAUGUCACUUGUCCCUUUCCUGUGCAGGGAGAGUGCUGCCCACGCUGUGACGGCUGCCGGUAUGCUGGCAUUGAAUAUCUGAAUGGUCAGGAGUUCGCAGAUCCUGCUGAUCACUGUGGUCGUUGUGUGUGCACGAAUGGUCAUGUGAACUGCCAUCGAAGGCCGUGUCACAGCCCAGGAUGUAGCCACCCCAUCACCCGUCCGGACCAGUGCUGUCCCGUGUGUGAUGGCUGUUUGUUCCAUGGGAGAGUUUACGCCGAUGGCGAGGCAUUUCCAUCACCCACAGCAUCCUGUGAGGAGUGCAGAUGUUCUAGAGGUGAUGUACAGUGUUCUCCGAAAAGCUGUCCCAGCGCCCCCUGUCCUCACCCUGAGCAGGACCCCUGUGCAUGCAGUGUGUGUGAAGGCUGUAACUUCAACGGUAGGGAGUGUGGAAACGGAGAACGCUUCCCUGAUCCCAGCGACCACUGCCAGGGCUGUACCUGCCUGAAUGGUAGUGUAUCAUGCACACCUGUGUCCUGUCCAGAGGCGCCCUGCAGGUGGCCCGUGCGUCCUCCAGGUGAGUGCUGUCUAGUGUGCACUGGGACGUGUGAACACCUGGGACAGGUGCAUGAGUCCGGCUCCACAUUCACUCCUGUCAACGAUCACUGCUCUACCUGCACAUGCCUGAACGGAGACGUCUCAUGUCAUAGGAAUCACUGUUCUCUGCAGUGCACACAUCCGGUGCAUUUUGCGGAUUGUUGUCCAGUGUGUGACAGCUGUCUGUUUGAAGAGAAGCAGUACACACACACACAGACGUUCUACUCGCCCUCUGACCCCUGCAGGCGCUGUGUGUGUCUGCGAGGAUCUGUGAUGUGCACUCCUAUUGCCUGUCCUGCUGUUUCCUGUCAAAACCCUGUCACCCCCCCGGGACAGUGCUGUCCACAGUGCAAAGUGUGUGUUCAACAAGGUGAGGAGUAUGUCGAGGGAGAGAGCUUGACCCUCCACACUGACCCCUGCUUGAAAUGCACCUGUUUGGAUGGUGAGGUGACCUGUGUGCGACCUCAUUGUGCUAAGUUGACCUGUAUGCAUCAAGUGACUGACCCUGGCUCCUGCUGUCCACGCUGCAGAGGUUGUAUAUAUGAUGGUGUUGAGCACACUGAAGGCAGUACCUGGUUUGCACCCAGUGCUCGCUGCAUGUCGUGUAUGUGUGUGGAUGGAGUGACCACAUGCUCUGAGGUCCAGUGUCUCUCCACAUGUCUCAACCAGAUCAGUGUACUGGGUGAAUGCUGCCCAGUGUGUGCAGAUUGUGUUUCUGAAGGUCGUGUGUAUGGCCCGGGAGAGAGUUUUCACCCCUCUGGUGACCCCUGUCAGAUCUGCACCUGUGAGGUGAUGCCAGAUGGGGAACAGCACUUGCGAUGUUACAGGAAGCAGUGCCCGAGUCUGGUGGACUGCCCCAAACACAAUAUUUUCUACAGCAGCUCAGAUUCAUGCUGCCCUGUCUGUGCACAGCCUCUCAGUAACUGCACAGCUACACUCAUCGGUAAUGAAGUUUUCGCCACUGAUGAUCCAUGUUUUACCUGCCAGUGCAAGGAUUUGACGUGGACGUGUGUCCAUCGGGGAUGCCCUUCUCUGAGCUGCCCCCUGACUGAGCAGCACAUGCCCCCCGAUUCCUGCUGCCCCGUCUGUAAUGAGUGUGUGUUAGAGGGUGACAGAACCCGCGUGCCAAAUGGCCAGAGAUGGACAGACAAGGAGAAUGAGUGUGUCACCUGCAUCUGCAAUAUGGGGCAUAUCGAGUGUGAUCUGCAGGAGUGUCCUCCUCUCGAUUGUCCGGAUGGAUCAGUCAAAGUGAAGAAUCCUGGGAAAUGCUGUCAUGAGUGCACAGGUGUUACAGGUGUAGUGUACACUAUAGACACUAUAGACCCACUGUGUGUGUAUGAGAGACAGCUGUACAGUCACAAUGACCGCUGGGACGUGGAUGAGUGUACAACCUGCACCUGUGUGUCUGGAGACGUGCACUGCAAAACCCAGAGAUGCCCAGCGCUUACGUGUGCCUCGGACGAAACCCCAGCUCUGGUUCCUGGAAUGUGUUGUCCUCGAUGCAUUCCUCGUCCCGCCACCUGUAUCGUGUUUGGAGACCCUCACUACCGAACAUUCGAUGGCAAGAUGGUGAACUUCCAGGGGACGUGUACAUACGUUCUGGCCGAGGACUGUAAGGGCGGAGACUUCAGUGUCCAUGUGUCUAAUGAGGACAGAGGACGAAAAGGAGUGUCUUGGACUAAAGAGGUGACAGUGUAUAUCGGUGAUGUUGUGGUACAGCUGUUUCAGGACUGGCUCGUCAAGGUUGAUUAUCAAACCGUCUCCCUGCCAUUUCUUAAAGAGCCGUAUGUUUACCUGGAGCGUAAGACGAACACCAUUCUUCUCAACACCAAUGUUGGGCUGAAGGUGUUGUGGAAUGGACGUUCUCAUCUGGAGGUGAGCGUUUCUGGUACCUAUAAGAAGCGCAUGUGCGGUCUGUGUGGGGACUUCAACAACUACCCUCAGGACGACAUGAGACUACGCAACAGACAACUGGCCAACUCUGAGGCAGCCUUCGGAAACAACUGGAAGGUGGGCAGCGGAUCUCUCGCUAAUGUUAAGUGUCCUGACGCGCGGAACAUCAACCCGUGUAAGGAGUCAGGCUACACUGCCCAUAAGACAGCAAACGCUCGCUGCGCAGUGCUGAAGUCGCCUGUGUUUGAGCACUGCCAUAAGGUGGUGCCGCCCGCGAUGUUCUUCGCUUCAUGUGUGUAUGAUCUGUGUGCCUGCGGCUCAAACAUGGACGAGUGUGUGUGUGAUGCACUGGAGGCUUACGCGUCCGAGUGCCGUGAAGCUGGAGUUAUUCUGCAGUGGAGGUCGCCUACACUCUGCGCUGUUGGUUGUCCCCUGGAUCGAGGUUAUGUGUUUGAUGAAUGUGGGCCGCCAUGUCCUAAGACGUGUUUUAAUAAAGACGUCCCGUUGGGUGUGAUCGAGGCUCACUGCUUUAAACCCUGUGUGCCAGGGUGCCAGUGCCCAGCCGGACUGGUAGAACACAACUCCCACUGCAUCGCCCCUGAAAAAUGCCCUAAAAUUGUCCACGGCAACCCCUGA